GCGUCUGUCUCAUUGAUGACGGCCGAGGAUUUUGAAAAGCACUUUGGUCGACAGCACAGACUGUCAAAAGCAGCAGUGGACUUGAGGAAUUUCUCCAAGCAACGCAUCGACAUUCAAGGCCUUUUCCAAGCCACUGUCCAGUUUCUUCAAAGGUCGUGCUCAGUCACGUUCCAUGUAACGUCCACAGGAACAUCACUGCUGGGUCUUGACGCCAUCCAGCGCUUGGGGAUACAAAUCGACGGUACUUCGCUGACAUGCUGCCUGGCUACGCUUCCUCCAGUACAGAGCCCCACAGGCUACCCCUGGCUCUCCGUGACCAGGUGACAAAUGAACUGCGGCGUCUCGAGGACUGCGACGUCAUCGAGCGCGUCGAGGCUUCUGAAUGGGUGUCUCCACUCGUCGUGGUGCGCAAAAAGGAUGGAGCCAUCCGGCUCUGUGUUGACCUCCGAGAACCGAAUAAGGCAAUUGUCAUUGAUGGGUAUCCUUUGCCGCACGUGGAAGAGUUAUUGCAAAUGUUUCAUGGUGCCACAUAUUUUUCUAAGCUGGAUCUAGCAUCUGCUUACCACCAGCUGUUACUGGAAGAAGGUAGUAGAGAUCUCACCACAUUCAUAACUCAUGAAGGCUUAUUCAGGUUCAAGCGUGUCUGUUUUGGUUUGGCAUCCGCGCCAGCAGUGUUUCAGAAAAUGAUGUCACAAAUCUUGCAGAAUUGUAAGAAUGUUGUCUGUUACCUUGAUGACAUUUUGGUAUGGGGUCAGACGAAACCUGAGCAUGAUGCUAAUUUAAGAGAAGUCUUGCUUUGCAUUUCAAACAGUGGUAUGAAACUGAAUGAAAAAUGUGUCUUCUCUGUGAGAGAACUGACUUUUCUGGGCCAUAAAAUUUCAGCUGAAGGCAUUUCGCCUACAGAGAGCAAGGUAAAGGCAAUCCUGAAUGCACCUGUUCCUACAGAUAUUAAGUCAUUGCAAUCCUUCUUAGGAUUAGCUGGUUACUAUGCCAAGUUCAUUGAUCAUUAUGCAGAACUUGUAGAACCGCUUCGCCUCAUGCUCAGGCAAGGGCAAAAUUUUGCUUGGUCUGAUGACGCACAACGUAGCUUCAAUCAGUUGAAAGCUCAUCUUACAUGUUCCCCUGUCAUUAAGAUUUUCAACCCUGAAUUGCCUGUGGUAGUCACGACUGAUGCAUCUGAUGUUGGUGUUGGUGCUGUGUUACAGCAACCGUAUGGUUCCAAGCUAGAAACUGUAGCUUUUGCAUCUAGAACUUUGUCUGUAGCUGAACGAAAGUAUUCUGUAGGAGAGCGUGAAGCGCUAGCAUGUCUGUUCGCAUGUGAAAAAUGGCAUGUUUACCUCUGGGGUAGACGGUUCACUCUUCGAACUGACCAUCAAGCAGUAGUUGCAUUACUGUCCGCUGGCGACUCAGGUCGUCGACCUCUUCGCAUUUCAAGAUGGUCAGCCAGGCUCCUGUAUUACAACUUUCAGAUUGAAUAUUGCAAAGGAUCAGAAAAUCUAGUAGCUGAUGCCUUGUCUAGACUUCCAGUAAAAGAUUCCCAGAAUGUAGUUCAGGAGGAAGAAAUAGUAUCCUUAGUCACAUCAGUCGUUGACAAGGAAACGGUGCAACUUGCAACGAGUACAGAUGAGACGCUUCAGAAGGUCAGUAAAUGCCUAGCAGAAGGUUGGCCUUCUAAGAAAGCCAUAGACAAUGCUUUAAUAGCUUACUUUCAUGUAAAUGAAGAAUUGUCCUUUGUAGACGGAUUACUCAUGCGUGGUGAUCGUGUGGUAAUACCCAGUGUCCUAAUACCUACAUUUCUACAGCUGGCACAUGAAAAUCAUCAGGGCAUAGUACGUACUAAGCAGCUUCUUCGUGAACGCUAUUGGUGGCCCCAGAUGGAUAGCACUGUUGAACAGUAUGUAAAGCAUUGUCAUGUAUGUAAGCUGGCAGACAAGUCUGCAAAGCCUCAUGUAGCUCCACUGCAGCCAGUCGAAUGGCCGAACGGGCCUUGGCAGAAAUUGGGAAUGGACAUUAUUGGCCCAUUAAACAUGUCCUACCCUAGGUAUCUAGUCACCCUUGUUGAUUACUACUCAAAGUGGCCAGAAGUACUUGGUACUAAUUCCAUCUCCACAGAUGAUGUCAUUAAGCUUCUUGAUUGGGCUUUCAGCCGUGAAGGAUUGCCAGACUCUAUAGUUACAGACAAUGGUCCACAGUUUGUCUCAAAACAAUUCAAAGAUUACCUAAAGGAAAAAGGAAUCGCUCAUUUUUUCUCCUCCAACUAUUAUCCUCAGGGAAAUGGUCAAAUAGAAAGGUUCAACAGAGUCAUUAAGGAACACCUGCAGGUAGCAAGGCUUGAAGGUCGAGAUGCUUCGAAAAGCAUUUCAGAAUUCUUGGGUUCUUAUAGGAUUACGCCACAUGCUACAACGGGUCUCUCCCCAGCUUUCCUACUUCAUGGUCGUCAACCCCGUUCAAAGGUAGAUAUUAGCAACUUCAGGUUGCCUAAGCACACAGCGGUUCAGAACAGUAAAGUUCGCGAGAGAGUCUCGCAGAAACAGCAGCAAACUAAACAGUAUGUAGACAAACUGAGAGGUGCUCAGGCAACUCGUAUCAAGGUGGGAGACACCGUCAAAGUAAAACUUGCCAAGAAAAGAUUUUUUAAGUACAGUACGCCUCGUACAGUUAAAGCCCAGGUAGGACCAUCCUCUUUUGUACUCAGUGAUGGGAAGACGUGGAAUGCCUCUAAGUUAACCACAGUAGUAGAUAAUUUAAAACAUAGUACAUUGUCCACAACGGAUAAAGAUUUUUUGUACUCGUAUUCAAACCUGGAUAGUCAUUCCGAUGACUCGUCUGGCAUGACAUCGUCCUUUCAUAGGCAUCACUUAAGUAGUGCAUCUGACUGUAUUGCUUCAGAGGCUACACAGUCAGCAAUCAUUUCUGAUUCCGUGGGGGAAUCGGUAGCAUCCCAGGACUUGUUGGGACUUCGAGAGGAGCUUCCUGGGCAACCCUCUCCAGCUUUGCGCGACAACCACAUUCAAUUGUCCAACCAGGGGGAGGGAAAUAGUAGUGGGACGACUGGGUCUUUAAAGUCGACCGAAACGAGUCGCAACCCCCAAAGUUCUUCUGAGGUACGCAUGCGUCCUCAUCGUGUCAAAAAACGGCCUCCGUGGCUUGACGAUUAUGUUUCUUGAAUGUAGAGCGUUUUGCAGUCUUCGAAAUGCCACGGCUAGGGGCCUCGCUGUGACAUUUGGGAGGCACUUCACAUUUUUUCGUUCACACAGGUAAAAUGUGUUCCUUGUUGCGGUGCAGUGAGUUUUGUGCAGUGUUCCUUGUCAGACUUUGUUUGACUGCCUGUGUUUUGGUGCCCAAGACUGGUGCACGUGUAUGUGAACUUGGGCAGGGACGGACUGAAAUUGUUGUGGACUUAAGUGCGUGCUUGUGUGCAUCUGGUGCACGCGUGUGUGACCGUGGGGGGGAACGAACUGAAUUUGUCUUUGGACUUAAGUGCGCGUCUUGUGUGCGCGUUUCAAUGUAUGCUCGCUUUGUUUCCAGGGGGGGAUGAUGUAGUAUAGUGUCGCCCCCUGUCAGAUCUCUGUGUCAUCGCACAUGUAUGUUUUGUAAUUGCUUAGCUAGAUGGCGCACCCCCCUUCUGUCAUGUGACAAGCUUGGACCAAUCGGGAGGUGCCAUCUAGCAGGUGAAGCCUUUAUAAGCAAUAAACAGCCGCAGGUCGGCGGAGUCUUCGUUCCGGUUUUCA